AUGGCAGCGGCUACCAGCGUUGUCGUGCUCGACAGGGGCAACAAUACCACCUGCACGAUUAAUUUACACGGUGCCACGGUGGUAUCCUGGCGAGUGAAUAAUCAAGAACAACUGUUCGUAAGUAAGCAAGCUGUGUUCGACGGAAAGAAAGCUAUUAGAGGGGGCAUACCAUUUGUCUUCCCGCAAUUCGGAGCAUGGACAUUCGGGCCGCCCCACGGAUUCGCAAGAAUCAUCCGUUGGAACGUGGAAAAGUCACCCGAACGGUUACCCAGCGGUGACGUUGAGGCAAUAUUCUCUAUAAUGGAUAGCGAAUUCACCCGCUCAAUGUGGAAUUACCCCUUUAGGUUAACGUACCGACUAAUCCUUCGAGAAAAGGAGCUGCAUUUCAAUAUCGGCGUGUACAAUCCCAGCAAGGAUCACACGUUUAGCUUCAAUUUGCUGUUACACACCUACUUUAAAGUGCCGGACGUUAGGAGGUGUCAGAUCACGGGCCUUCACGGAUGCACUUUUAUCGACAAGACGAGGGACAACCAAAUCUUUCAAGAGGGUCGCGACGUAGUGACAGUCUGCGAAUGGACGGACAGAAUUUACCAGAACACGCAACCGGAACACAUUAUCACCAACGUUGUGUCCGGUAGGAAAAUGCGAGUGCAGAAGUACAAUUUCCCAGACACGGUGGUGUGGAAUCCUUGGCAAGAGAAGGCCCGGGAUAUACCCGAUUUCGGUGACGAUGAAUUUCCAAACAUGAUAUGCGUGGAAAGCGGACACGUCAGUAGCCCGGUGAUAUUACUACCUGGGACUGCUUUUGAAGCCAGUCAGAUCUUGCAGGUAAUGUGAGUAGAGGGUGGACCGACAUCGCAUGUAACCACCGGAAAUAAUUCCAAUCCGCUGCAUCCGGUCCCCUCUGCACCAGGUACCGUUUGGCGAACCGGUGCCGGGUGGCUGUACAUGCCACCACCUCCACCGCCGCCGCCACCUCCGCCAACGUCCACGACGCAUCAGUCGCACCUUCAUGCGCAUUGUAUCGCUCAGACUUGCACUAUAUGUUCCCUAAAUCUCUGAAUCACCGCGUCCCCGAAGCUCGAACGAAACCGAAACACCUUUACUCUAACCUCGGUUAUUGUUACAGCGUCACUUUCUGUUUCUGAUAUCGAGUGUACGUCAGUGCUAAGGACCGCAAAUAUCUGUAAUCGUACAAAAGAAUUAGAAAGUACGUAAGUAUUCGUGUUUUAUACUCAACGGCAAAAAGCGUCAAAUCAAUGAUGUUUUCGCAGCAGCAUAAGAAGUCUGUACAGAGUAUGUUAAUUAUAUGCGUUAAACUUUGAACAGCUUCAUGGUAUUCGGUAACAUCGGAUCUGAGCAAA